AUGACAGAAUCUGCAGAGCCGAACGUUAUAUUUGGUGUCUUUUUGGUCAAUUUUCACCAUUCCAAGGGCCCGGAAGUCGAAUAUUCGUAUGGUUUACCAGAGGACUUGGAGGCAUCGAAAUUAUGGCCUUACUUACCGUUUCAAGCUUUACCAGAUGGAUCGCACUCUUUUGAAGAGACAUUUACAUACUUCACGCUGGUUUACAAUGAAGCUGAACGUUGUGGACCCCCGGCAGAAGGCGCAGCGGCCAUCGCAUCGGAUCAAACUGACGACUACACAACUUUUUUCGCGAUAUCUUGCUCACGACAAAUUCGAACAGAGGAGCUUUUGUCAAAGGAUAGUGAUGUUACGCGGUCAACUGUGCAAAAGGCAAUCGUUGUCGUGGCACGAAAACCCAUUUUUGGUCAAAUCAAGGAUAAGCUCAGUAUAGUGACUAAUGCGUUUUUUUUACAACGCGAUUUUACUAAUAAGGCUAUUCUGGAUACUCUAUAUUCGAAUUUGAGCUCCAUGUACAACAUGUCUGCUGUUACGGACGAAUCGCACAUGUAUGUGGGUCUAUGCCUGAGGCGCGUGGUGCAUGAUUUCGGAAAGGAUGUCUUGCUUAUUUUGAAAGCCAUUCUUUUAGAACGUAAAGUUCUUUUCUAUGGCAGUGACGUUGAGGCGCUGUGCAAUGUCCAAUUCGGCUUCAUUGGUCUUAUUCCCAAUCUUAUAUCACAUUUGCAAGAUUGUGGAUCACCUUCGCUGCACAGCUACUUUGAUAACCUCAAAGUCGUGGAUUCUUUUAAAUCGAGUGAUCGUCAGUCAGUCUUGACAUUUUUGGGCUUUCCCUUGCAGGUUUUUGGAAAGGGAGGAUUGUUUUCCCCAUACAGCCCAUUACAACAGUUAGACGAUCUUGAAUCUACGCAAACCAAGCAUUUUGUCGCCGGAACUUCAAACUCGUUACUUUUAGAACAGAAAGAACAAGUCUGUGACAUUCUUGUGAAUGUCAACACAUUUUCGGUAGAGAUUGUCAGUUCAGAUCGCUCUUUGCAUAGAGCUCUACAAUUGACUUUUCAUGAUAAGAAAUGGAUGGAAACCAUAGUAUCUGCAGUGAUAGAUACCUGGAACGAGAACGAUAUUGCAACUCCAAGAAAUUUACAAUUCGAAGGCAGCGAAGAUUUCCUUAGAUGGCAGUUUGAAGAUUAUUUGACCGGUCUGGUGUCUAGCGAGAAGCUUAAAAUCUUUUUCGACCACAAUGAGAGCAAUGAGAUGGCUAUUAAAUCCAUAUCUGAGGAGUGGUUGACAUAUAGCCCGAUCGAAUGUUAUGGUUCACGCUGGGUAGAUGAAUGGCGCAAAACUCAAAAUUAUCAUGCAUUCAACGUCUCAACUGAUGAUAGAUUAUUUGACCUCUUCCCGCCAAAGCAUGUCUUCAACAUGACUGAAAACACCGAAAGUAUACAGCAAAGACUAGGAAAGUCAUUCCAGGCGCUCAUACGAAAAGAAGCCUCCACUCGUGACAAACAGCAAACUAAUGGAAAAGACGCGUCUUUGGAAGCCACGGAUGGUGCAAAACAAGCGGCCGUCAGCGAAAAUACUAAGGAGAAUGAGUGGACAUCUUGGAAAGACUAUUUUGGGAAAAAGAAGAGACUAAAAGGCAGCGAGGACCCUUCGGCACCGGUACCUUCAACGCAUACGAUAAGCUCUGGUUCGACACACGCCGCCAUUGGCAAUGCGCUUCUCAGUUUGGGCUUUCCGCGAAGCAUGACUGAUGACGAUUUCGAGGAGAUCGAGACUCCAGGCGGUACAAGUGGUCAUCAAAGUGAAAGUGGAGAUGAGGUUUAUGGGCAUUCAGGCCGAUCUUCGAGAAAGUCAGGCGAGCAAAUAGAUGCCGAUGAUCAAUCUGGCACCUACAACGAGCAAACUAACGUGUGGGCUGAUUAA